ACCAAAUUUCUAAGCGAUGAGUCAAUUUAAAAACGCAAUACUGACAACAACAACAAUAAUAAUCGCAGCCUAUAUUAUACUAGCUGCCUAACGGUAAUGGCAGUGAUAUUAUAUGGCAUUUAUUCAAGAGAUAGUUAUCAUGAUCAUUAUGAUAAGCCGUAGGGAGACUGAACUACUGGCAGUGGCGAGAGAGAGAAAGAGAGAGAGUGUGUGAGUGAGGGAAGGGGGGUGUGUACGUGAUGAGGGAUUUUAAGACGGUCGCUUUAUUAUUUGGAAGUGAGGGGGAGAUGGAGAGAGAGAGAGGGAGAGAGAGAUGCGAUAACAGCGUUUUGUCCUGUUCAUAUUCUACUCUGUCCUGUCACUGAACACCCGCAGACUCUUAUCGCAGGAAAGAAACUCCACAAAGGGCGAUCAAGCCUCCAUGGGAAACUGAGUGAACAUUUUUUUUUUCCAUCAGAAGAAGGAGAUACGGUGGAAGAAAAAAAAAAUAGGGGCGUUUUGACUGACACCUGCCCUCCAGCACUGGUGAAGGACGGGUAAUGGAGGAGUAAAGACAGGGUGUACAAGGGAAAAGGUGCUGCUGAAAGAAUGAAGACAACCAGAAAACAAGCAUACCCUUUUAUUAACUUUCACUUAAAUUAAUAAAGCACAAUUUGUGAUCACUCAACAUGCCUGACAGAAGACUUCUGCUACUAGUGUCCCUCUGCCUAUGGGAGGGGCUUGUAAGGGCAGAGCCAGUCACAAAGGUUGUGAGAAGGAGAGGACUGAGUCCGGUUCACAUGCAGUUGCAUGUGGUGAACAAUCAGUGGGACCAACCAAGUUUGGAGAAGAAUGGAUUGCCACUGGUUAGGCUCAAGGAGAUGAUUAGUGCUGACAAAGUGGACGAUAAGUUUGCAGGUCACUCAAAAGCUGAGCAGACCAAUGAAGCACUAUCAAUCUCAAACCAGGAAGAACUGCAUGACUUUAAUGCUAAAUAUCCUCAGCAGGACAAUGAGGACUCAACGAAAAUGGGCUCAAGGGUAUUUAAAGCAGUUGAUAGCGCCAGAGAUCUACUUGAGACCCAAAGGAUUAAGAAUAACACUAAAAACACUGAAAUCCUGAAACGUGGAAGAGUUGAUAAGGGAAUUCCAAUUCACCACAAAAUAGACUCUAGUUUACACUUCAACAGAACCAGAUACAAAUCACCGCCGAGAUUUAGAGCAAGGCCAAGCCCUGGGCUUCUUAAUAAUGCCAUAGGUCCAAAGGGAAUGAUAUUGGAUUCGCCCCGUAAAUUAAACCUGACAGGAAACUUUGGUGUAUUGAAGCUUAUUUCUAAGGACAACCUUGUGCGGAUUGUAAAUUCCCAACUCCAGAAUGGUCUGACCUUCCAGAAUAAGAUUAGUCACAGUAGGAAGAGAGAUUUGAUCAAUAUAGAUCAUGGGCAACUGGAGGAGCCCAAAAUAAAGAGACAAGACAGUUCUGUAACUCCAGAUGUAUAUGAAUCUGAUAAUCAUAACAAGACUUCAAGACCAGCUGGUGAGCCACAGUCAAGCACCAUAACGAAUCCAAAUGUCAGUCCAGUUCAUAUUUUUAAGUGGCCAGUUAGUGAUCUCAAUCCAAAUUCAAAGGAUGAAGAUAAGGAGACAGCGGCUGAGUCUAUACCUGCUGCGAAAAGCAAACACCACUUAACCCAUGUUGUAUCAACACCUCAAAGUGAACUCAUGGCUGACCUCGAGGCCAUUCCUUUUACUAGUCAUACCAAUAUGUCUGUGAUUGUGCAUGAAGGAACAUCACAUGCACCUUCUCAGGCAGUCUCAGAUAAGAGCUACUUUCUCGACUCACAAACUGAGAUUACUCUUAAUGCCAAAGAGGAAUCCGGUCAAAACAUGGAUGCUCCAGGAAUGGAUUUUAAUGUCACUCAGGAACCUUCAGAUUUUGUUGAAGACAGUCACAUUCUGAAACUGCGCCCAAAUCCAGAUGGUGAAGACAUGGACAAGGAGGAUAUUUGGGAACCAUCGGUCACCUGGCCUCUGCAUGGUGGUCAUGGUCUUGUGUUCCAGGAGAUGGAGGAGGAUGGAGGUGAAGGGUGGAGUCCGAAGGAAAGUGAUGGGUCUCGAUCACGAAGCAGACGGAGUUGGAUCUGGAACCAGUUUUUUGUUAUCGAGGAGUACGCUGGUCCUGAACCUGUUCUCAUUGGAAGGCUUCACACUGACAUGGACAGAGGUGAUGGGCGCACCAAGUACGUGCUCCGAGGAGAAGGGGCAGGGUCAGUGUUUGUGAUUGAUGAAAAGACAGGCAACAUCCAUGUGACAAAGCCCUUGGACAGGGAGGAGAAGGACGAGUACCGGCUUAUCGCCACAGCAACAGACAGCCAGACAGAGCGUGCCCUGGAGCCCUCUUCCCAGUUCAUCAUCAGGGUGCAGGACAUCAACGACAACCCGCCUGUGUUCGAAGACAGGCCGUACAGCGCUACUGUCUCUGAGAUGGCCAACAUAGGCACAUCCAUUGUUCAGGUAACAGCGACUGAUGCUGAUGACCCCACCUAUGGGAACAGUGCUCGUCUGGUCUACACUCUGGUGCAAGGCCAGCCUCAUUUCUCUGUGGACCCACAGACAGGAAUCUUGCGCACAGCAGUCCCUGAUUUGGACAGAGAAACUCAGGACCAGUACCUCAUAAUCCUCCAGGCUAAAGACAUGGGUGGUCAUCUUGGAGGGCUUUCUGGAACCACAACAGUUACUGUGAAGCUGACAGACGUCAAUGACAAUCCGCCUCAUUUUACUCAGAGCUCCUGGUUGUUCUCUGUGUCGGAGUUGGCGGCACCAGGGGCGGAGGUGGGCCGGAUCUCAGCAACAGACGCUGACCUGGGAGAGAACGCCAAGCUGGAAUAUACCAUCCUGGAGGGGGAUUCAGGAGACACUUUCAGCAUUACUGGAGUAAACCAGGAGGCCAUCAUCACCCUCACUAAGACUGUUGACUAUGAGAGUCGGAGCUCAUAUUCCUUCUCCGUGGAGGUGAUGAACCCAACUGUUGACCCACGGUUCCUGCGCCGUGGCCCCUUUAAGGACCGUGCCACCAUCCGAGUGGCUGUACUGGAUGCAGACGAACCGCCACGUUUCUCCCGGGCCCGGUACCAUAUGGAGGUGUCGGAGAACUGCCCUCCGGCAUGCACCGUUGGACGGGUUAGUGCCGUGGACCCAGACACAGGACUCAGCAGCAACAUCAGGUACUCCAUUGAUCCUCAGUCAGAUCCAGAGGCUUUGUUCCGCAUCACCCCAGACACUGGGCUUAUCACCACGACAACAGAGCUGGACCGUGAGCACGAGCAGUGGCACAAUAUCACCAUCAUCGCCACACAAAGAGAUAACCCCAGCCAGGUUUCCAGAGUGCUGGCUGCCAUAGAGACACUAGACUUGAAUGACAAUGCUCCGGAGCUGGACCGACAGUACACGACAGCCAUGUGUGACUCCACCUCCACUGGACAGGUGGUGCAGGUGUUGAGAGCAAUUGAUAGAGACGAGGGAGGGAAUGACAGCACAGUCUACUUCAACAUCCCUCCAGAGUCCAGUGCCGCACUCAACUUCAGCAUUCGAGAGAGCGGAGGUCCCACCGCAAGCCUGGUCCUAGUCUCGCCCUUACAGGCGCUCUCCCGCUCUUCAACAUCCUCUCUGACACUCCAUGUUCCUCUGGUCCUCAGGGACGUAUCGUCGGGGCUGACUAGCACGGCAACAGUCACCGUGUCAGUGUGUCCCUGUCUGAGAGGAGGCGCACGAGCCGGGGAGAAAGAGAAGCAGAGUGAUGCAGAGUGGGAAAGGGAAACUGUGUGUCUACCCCAGCACUCCUCCCUGCCUUCUCCGGGUCUCAGCACAGCGGCCCUGCUGGCAAUUUUAGCAUGCGGGGCGACACUUUUGGCUGUCACUGCUUUAUCUCUGUCCCUGCGCAGACAAAAAAGGGACUCGCUUUCUCCACUAGAGGAAGACGACGUCAGGGAGAACAUCAUCACGUAUGAUGACGAGGGAGGCGGUGAAGCCGACACCGCUGCUUUUGACAUAACAGCACUCCAGAGCGCCCCCCACGGUGCUCGCAGGGGAUACCGAACCCUAGACAGUAGGAACAUACGCCUCUCUCAGCGUGGCCAGGAUAAAUCACGGACAUACAGCAGCUGGGCCCAAGCAGGAGCUAUGGAAAGUGGGCAGUACCCCAACCAGACUCCUCUAUAUGGUCGCUUGUGUUACAGCAGCCAGACCCUCCCUGUGCUACGGCGGUCACAGGGCCCAUACGACCCUGGCCUGACAGAACUGGGAUAUCGCUUUUCUGGUGGGCAGCCGGAUCACUCCCUGGUAAUCCAUAACCAAGGUGCAAUGGUGGGGCCACUGGAACCAGGAGCUUUGUACAUGGGGCCCAGUGAGGUGGGAAAUAGCUCUAGAGAGGGAACUGCAUCUCAGGAUGGAGCCACUGCAUCUGAAGAAGGAACGCCACAGAAAAAUAAUACCAAGGAAGAUUCAGGCAGUGAUACCCAGCAGAGCCAGGAUUUUAAUUGGAAGCGUAAGCUCAUCCUGACCCACUUUAACUUUCCUGCUCCUCCCCGUCCCCAACAGGUGCAGUCAGAUUCUGCUCCACGGGAACUGGUGCUGACUCGCUCAGGCUCGCUGGCCAGGCCCGGGGUUUCAGGUGGCUGGUUGUGUGAUUCAGCCACUCUGCCUAUGGCAGGGCGGCGCUCCUCACGUGCUGGGCUCUCACCAAAAAAGAGUGCAGCUGGCUCCACAGAUGGCACAGAUGGAGCAAACAAUGCCAUGCAAUCUGUCAGCCGCAAUUAUACCACUGUCCUGCAGGGGGAGCAGCAUAAGGACUACACAGGCAGCUUGAGCCAAGGAGGAUUGGAGAUGGGAAGUAGUUUUGUGGUAGCAAGGCCAGAAGGGGGGAUUCCACUGUGCGUCCCGGAGAGCACAGGGUUUGUGGCUGACUGGCGGGAACGGGUGGGUGUGGGAGCUUACAGCCUGGGCAGGAGGGAUAUGAUGCCCCAACUGCUGCCCUACCCUGGGCAGGGUCGAGGCGCAUUUGGAGGGAUCCUGGGAUAUGGAGGAGCUUGGCCUACAGUGCCUGAAGCAGCAGGAAGAGGCAUGCAAGGAGGCGGUGGCCAGUCCCUGGCCUUGAGAGUCGGCGAGUUCCUGCGGCUACGCCUGGCACAGGUGACCUUUGAUCCAACGCAGCCUCCGUAUGACUCGGUGCAAGUGUAUGGCCUUGAAGGCACAGGGUCACGGGCUGGCUCGCUUAGCUCCCUGGAGAGCGAAGGAGAGAAGGAGGCCAACAAGGAUGAGUGGGGUGGUGGACUGGAGGAGUGGGGCCCACGUUUCCACAAACUAGCCCAACUUUUCCAAGAAAGGGAGAAAGAGAUAGAGGAUGAAAAGGAGAGUGAGGCAGGGACACCCAGGAAACAAAAUGGUAAGGACAAACAGGAGAAAGAGGGGCUGUCAGGAGAUGAGAGGAAGGACAAAGACUGAGAGCUAGAGUCGGGGAUGGUGUAAGGGUAUGGGGGGGAUAAGUAAACAGCAACAAGUACUAGAGUAAUAGGUAAAGAAGGAAAAGGAGAGAGACAGAGAAAGAUAUAAAGGAAAAGUAAUUGGGACAGGCACACAAAACAAAUGUGAGCUAAAUAGAGCAAGAGAGGAAGCUGCGGAGCGAGUGAUUGAUUGAUUUAAAGCAAUAUGUGUUAAAAAGCAGAACAUUGAGCACAGAAAGAGAGACAGAGAACGCUUUGUUUAUUUACCAUUCUCUAAGUGUUGCAGGCUGGACGUGGGAAAAAAAUCCCUAUAGUACCUUUUCUAUUCACAGAUAGAGAGAGAGAGAUAGAGAGAGUGUGUAUGUGUGUGUGUGUGUAUGAGAGAGAGAGAGAGAGAGAGAGAGAGUGUGUGUGUGUGUGUGUGUUUGUUUGUGUGUAUGAGAGAGAGAGAGAGUGACAGACUGCAGGUGACUUCAAUUAUGUUUUUGGGGCAAUGUCCAAGACAAAACAAAGUAGGCUAUCAUACCACGAAUGAUAAACACAAAAGAAUACAUAAAGGUGAGAGAUAUAGGUUUGUACAGGAAGUGCUGGAAUGAAUUAUUGUGCUCAUAGUGUUGGCAAAAUGUUAUCAUGAAAAUUGUGCACACAUGCACAUUUUCAAAAGAAAAAAAAACAAUUGUCUUACUUUCUUUUGAUGCCUUUUCAAUGCAAAACAUCUUGGCUUGGAUUUAAGAUGGACUUACAGUACAGCAUACACAUCAUGAAAUUUGCAAAACUGGAUAUCAACUGCCAUAUUAGAAACCUAAAGAAUGACUGACAUGCAUUUAAACGAGGCUACAGGUGUAAUGUUAUACAGUGUCAGUGUUCUUUUGCCGGAUUUGUGUAAACAAUAUUGGAAGUACAAAAAUGUUAUGCUUCAUUUUCAUGUUUUCCACUUUUUAAUUGAUUACUAGCACUUUUUACUACAGCAAUGAUUUGCGGAUUAUUUACCAGAAGUAUUGACCAAUUCUGGAACAAUUACCGAAAUAAAUAUUCAGAGAAUUUAAUUGGCACAAUUACUCAAGAGAGAUCAGGAGCAGGAUGCAAAGUCUCAGCUGGAAUGCACUUUUAUAUGUGAAGCUCAAUAAUAGAUAUGACAAUACUGUUGUUGUUUUUCCAUAUAAAAAAAAAAAUCAGUAUAAAUACUAUGACAUUGUAUGUAAAUAUAAAUAUUGAAAACCAUUGUUUAAAGUGAGUACUGAGUGAGUACUGUAAUAUUCAGAGUAACAACAUGAAAAGCUAGAGGAGACAAAAGAUUAAAAUGUCAUGUUGGAUUAUAGCACUGAGGAAUGAAAAUACCUGCAGAGGAAUAAACUGAACCGAGUGGACUUGUCUGGAUUAACUCUACUGUAGG